AUGAAGAAUAACGCCACGGAGCAGAUUCAGCCUCAGGCUCCCCUUUCAAGGGGUAUCCUUUUGCAAGCCCACCUGAACGGGGUGCAAGAUAUGUAUCUCCAGAAGGAUGGCGGGCCAAGGCCAGUGAGGCAGAACAUGUUCCGGACAGCGGAUGUAACUCAGACAAGGGGGAACGAGUUUGAAGAUUACUACUUGAAACGUGAACUGCUCAAGGGAAUAUUUGAGAAGGGAUUCGAGAAACCCUCCCCAAUUCAGGAGGCAGCGAUUCCAGUGGCACUUUCUGGUCGCAACAUCUUGGCUCGUGCCAAAAAUGGGACGGGGAAGACGGCGGCUUUCGCAAUCCCUGUCUUAGAGAAGUGCCAAAUCACACGACGAGCAAUCCAGGGCUUGAUCCUUGUUCCUACCCGAGAACUGGCGCUGCAAACCAGUGCAGUUGUUAAAGAGUUGGGGAAAUAUCUUAACGUUCAGUGCAUGGUUUCGACAGGGGGUACGAGUCUCAGAGAUGACAUUAUGCGUUUGCACAACACAGUCCACAUUCUCGUAGGGACUCCUGGGAGGAUCCUAGAUCUUGCGAACAAGGAUGUGGCGGAUUUGCGGCAGUGCCACAUAGUGGUAAUGGAUGAAGCUGACAAAUUGCUUUCCCCUGAGUUCCAGCCAAUUGUAGAGAAACUGAUCGAGUUCAUUCCUAUGCAGCGGCAGAUUCUCAUGUUCUCGGCCACAUUUCCAGUAACAGUGAAGGAUUUCAAGUCGAAAUAUCUUCCAGACGCUCACGAAAUUAAUCUUAUGGAAGAGCUCACUCUAAAGGGUGUUACGCAGUACUACGCUUUUGUUGAGGAGAGGCAGAAAGUACAUUGUUUGAACACACUUUUUGCGAAGCUUCAAAUUAACCAAGCGAUCAUCUUCUGUAAUAGUGUGACCCGCGUUGAGCUCCUGGCGAAGAAGAUUACCGAGCUGGGCUUUUCGUGCUUCUAUAUUCAUGCUCGGAUGCUGCAGUCGCACCGAAACAGGGUGUUUCACGACUUUCGAAACGGUGCCUGUCGUUGCCUGGUCUCAUCGGAUUUGUUCACUCGAGGGAUUGAUAUCCAAUCUGUAAAUGUCGUUAUUAAUUUUGAUUUCCCUCAAAAUUCGGAGACGUACUUGCACAGAAUUGGGCGUUCAGGCCGUUUUGGCCACCUAGGUUUGGCGGUGAACCUGGUAACGUACGAAGACCGGUUUAACCUCUACAGGAUUGAACACGAGCUCGGAACCGAGAUCAAACCAAUACCCAGUCAUAUCGACCCGGAAACAUAUACAUAG